UUUCGUUUUAAGUAAAGUCCAAAAUCAACGCUCCGUGCCUUUCCUUUUAUUUCGUUUUAAAAUUUUCAAAAUUCAAAAUUUCAAAACCCUAACCACUAUUCCCCCUUUUGCCACACACCUCACUGAACACAAUGCUGACCUGAUUCGAUUUCAUCUACACUCUGCUACUCAAGUCAUCAACGAAAUCCGAAGAUCCAAAAAGAAAAAAACUGGAGAUGACGGAGCAGCAUCAACACGAAGGAGAAGCCCUACAUCAGGUCACCGAUGAAAUUGAGGAGCUUGAUAAAUUAGAGGAAGAUGUGAGCCUUAUGGCUCAGAAAAUAGCCGAAUUUAGAGAGACAUUGCCUGCUCAGCUUCAGAAUACUCUCGCCUCAGUUCUUUCUGCUCAGAGACCUGUUAAUUUUAACCUUUCUGAUAAUGAUCCUGGACCCUCUAGUAAUGCCAAUCAAGAAGAAGGUGUUGUUGCAUUAGUAGAAGAUGACGUGGCACACACUGAAAAGAUAGAAACAAUUAAACAGAAAAUUUCUAGCAAUGAUUCUGCAAUGUUGUCAGUUGUAAAGAGAAUGAAAGAUUCAAUUUCAGAUUACUUCCAGAAUCAGUUGUUAUUAGAUUAA